AUGGUGACCGCCGAGGCCGCGAUGGCGGUCGUGAGGGCCGCGUGCCCCUUCUUCCGCGGUGCCCACGACGGCCUCGCGUUCGCCGCAAACGCCGCGUUCCUUGCCGACGGAUACUCCCUCUGCGCCGUCGGUCGUUCCGCGCUCUUCGACCCCCUGCCCGCAGGCGAGGAGGUUGGAAUUGAGGGUUGGAACAGUAUGGACAACUGCUAUGCCUUUUUGUACUCCAAGGAUGAGGAGGAGGGCAAGAAGAAGUGUAUUUUCAUGAAAUGUGUAGUGAUUGCAGACUUCCUUGCUAUUGAUGCGAUGGAUCUUGAGGCACAACAUGAGGAACCCUUCCAUGUCCAGAUAAAUGUGAAGGAUUUCUUCUCUGAAGUACAGACCAGGAAUUAUAAAGAUUUGUACAAGAAUUUUACGGACUUCAUUAAUAUUCUGAACUUAAGCUUAUUGGCUGAAUUGAAUGGUAAGGACGCUGCUGCCGCCCAGAAUCCUAAUGCUGAGAGCAGUUCGUCAAUGAACAGUUAUGGAAAUGUUAUGUGGGGAAAGCCGACUACAAUGACUACUGAACAAACCAGUUCUGAAUAUGCUCUGUGGGAAAACCCGAGCACAAGGACUGCCGGGUAUGAAUGCAAGCUUUUUUAUGUAUUGUGUUACAGCCUGAUUUAUCCUCCAGUAGUUCUGUUUGGUCAUGAUGACACCUUCCCUGCUCCUGGUGCAGGCUUCUACCCUCAUAGUGGUGAGACAGGUGGUACUAUGCAUGUUGGCCCAAAUGAUCCAUGCUUCUUUCCUUCAACUCCUUCUACUCCUUUUGGUGACCCUGGAUAUGUUCAGAGUGUUCCACCCGGUGGUCGCUACGAUCCAAUUGGCCCGCCUGAUGUCCCAGGAUUUGAACCAUCUCGCUUUGUGAGGCGUUCAAGGCAUUCAGGUGGAAGCACUCACCCAGACCUCGAGUUCUCCCAACAAGACCCAGACUUCUUCUGA